ACCGAACUGGUUAAACCGAUGAAUGCUGCAACAGUUUAGACACAACCUCAGAGUCGUAUGUCAUUAGAUGUUUGUUAAGAAAGAGAAUAAUUUAAUCGAGGGAAGAAAAAAAAAGCCAAAAACCCUAAUAAAAAAUCAGUCACGACGUGAGCCCCAAUUCCAUUUUUCUCAAUCGUCUUCCCUUCUCAUCAUCAACCCUCAUUUUCUUCAUUUGUGAGAUGAUUUUGUGAGAAUCUAGAUCUCUGGGGGAGAUUUGUCUGUAUGAUUGUUCAAGGAAGUGGUUAUGGUGGUGUUUUAGACAGGAGAGAUCUGUGUCUGAAUAGGAUCAUAUCAGGGUUAUUUUCUCUUGCGUGAAACGGAAGGAAACGACUCUUUUAUUUUAUUUUUGCGUUUCCUUAGGUUUUGUAGAAGAUGGGGAAUGUAUGUAUUCAUAUGGUCAACAAUUGUGUGGAUACGAAAUCAAACACAUGGGUUCGUCCCACAGAUCUCAUCAUGGAUCAUCCAGUGAAGCCGCAGCUCCCAGACAAGCCUCCUCAACAGAUGCUGAUGCACAAAGAUGAUGAUAAACCCAAGCUUGAGACUAGUGGAGAAGACCCUAAGUUACUUGAAGCGAGUGAUUCUCAUCAGGAACAACAAGAAGGAAGCACGAGUGAAGAGAGGAAGAAGCGUGCGGCGAGGAUAGCGUGUGGGAACAGCAAGAGAAAACCUCACAACGUGACGAGACUUAUGAGCGCAGGGCUACAAGCGGAGUCUGUGUUGAAAACGAAGACAGGGCAUUUGAAAGAAUUCUAUAACUUGGGGAGCAAGUUAGGUCACGGGCAGUUCGGGACGACGUUUGUGUGUACAGAGAAAGGAACAGGGGAGGAGUACGCGUGCAAGUCGAUACCAAAGAGGAAGCUGGAGAACGAAGAAGACGUGGAGGACGUGAGAAGAGAGAUUGAGAUAAUGAAACAUUUGUUAGGUCAGCCUAACGUGAUCUCCAUCAAAGGAGCUUAUGAAGACGCGGUGGCUGUUCAUAUGGUGAUGGAGCUGUGCAGAGGAGGUGAGCUGUUUGAUAGGAUAGUGGAGAGAGGGCAUUACUCCGAGAGGAAAGCUGCUCAUCUGGCUAAGGUCAUACUUGGUGUGGUUCAGACUUGUCAUUCUUUAGGUGUGAUGCAUAGAGACCUUAAACCUGAGAACUUUCUGUUCGUCGAUGAUCAAGAGGAUUCGCCUCUUAAGGCUAUUGAUUUUGGGUUGUCUAUGUUCGUCAAGCCUGGAGAAAACUUCAGUGAUGUGGUUGGGAGUCCAUACUACAUUGCACCUGAAAUUCUGAACAAGGACUAUGGUCCUGAAGCAGAUAUUUGGAGCGCCGGUGUGAUGAUUUAUGUACUACUCUCUGGCUCAGCUCCUUUUUGGGGUGAAACGGAAGAAGAAAUCUUCAAUGAGGUUCUGGAGGGUGAGCUUGAUUUGUCAUCAGAUCCUUGGCCACAAGUCUCUGAAAGCGCGAAAGAUUUGAUCAGAAAGAUGCUUGAAAGAGACCCUAAAAAAAGACUCACUGCUCAACAAGUGUUGAGCCAUCCAUGGAUUAGAGAUGAAGGAAAUGCACCAGAUACACCGCUUGACGCAACUGUGUUGAAUCGCUUGAAGAAGUUUUCAGAAACAGACAAGCUCAAGAAAAUAGCUUUACAGGUGACUGUGGAAAGGCUUUCCGAAGAAAAGAUUCACAGUCUUAGAGAAACCUUCAAGAUUAUAGACAGUGAGAAGAGUGGGAAAGUAACUUAUAAAGAACUCAAAAGCAUUCUUGAAAGGUUUGACACAAAUCUUGACAACUCUGACAUCAGCGGUCUUAUGCAAAUGCCAAUGAAUGAGCAUUUAGAAGACACCGUAGACUACGAGGAGUUCAUUGCGGCGAUUGUUAGACUUAAAGAAUUGCAAGACGAGGAAGCAAACGAUCGUUUAGAUUCAUCAACAAAAGUGUAAUGAAGUUUUCUGAAGAAGUGUAAUGAGUAAUCAAAACUGAUGAUGAUGAUAUGUAAGUGAAUGUGAUGCAUUCACUCAUUUUUCACAUUCUUAACAUGUAGCCUCUUUAAUCUAAUGUUAACUGUUAUAAAACUGUCUCCCUAAUAAUGGUAAGAUCUCUAGUGUUUUCAAUACUUCAAAACUAAUAUUUGUUUAGAUUUAGACUUGUAGGAAGUUACAAAAGAGCUGCAACAAAUUGAAAUAGGAAGGACAGAACAAGGAGAAGAGGGCACAAGAAAGAAUGUUGAUGGAUGAAAAGACCAAUAACUUGUAGGUUCUUUUUUCUUUUGUUUAUGAUAUCUUUUUAGAGCAGAAAAAAAAAGGCUGUGUGUGUAUAUAUAUAAAAGUUGUUGUAGAAAGGAUAAGGAAACACAACUUAAACUCAGGUGAUGUUGAUGCUUUCAAUACUUCUAGACUAUAUUGCAUGUGCCUUUUAUAGUUUGGUGUAGCAUGAUCCGACUUCUUUUCUGGUUUUAUACAAAAUUUUACAGAAACUUGGAAAAUGAAUUUAGAGUACAGUUUGAUUAUUCAUAUACCUAGCCAGAUGACCUAGCUGGAUAGUUUUUUUAAAAGAAAUUUCUAUCAUAAGAGUAUUAAAUUGAUGAUAAACUGCCGUCUGAUAUAUAAAUAUGCGUGCAUGUUGUAACUUGGAACUAAAAUUGAAGCUACUGCGGGUCAAGAAGUCAAAAUUUUACCUUUUAUUAAUUGUUAUUACAUUUUCAAGUUUUCAUAAUUUGAAAUAAUCAAAUAAAAACAUUCUUCAAUAUAUGAUUUUUGAAAAUAUAAUGCUGUAGAAAUAAAAGGGUAACAUAUGUUAAUAACUUUACUUGUAUAAAAAUAUGACAUAAUUAACAAAUUUGAACUCGUUUUAAUGGUAGAUAAUAAUUUAUCUAAAUGAAAUCAUUU